CUGCAAUCCCGGAGGUGGGUGGGCAGGGCCGAGCACCAGGGUAUUUAUUAGAGGCGACAGGAAAGUCCAUACCCAGAGUCCUGCAAGGGAGAGAGAGUGGUGGUGCCAAUUUAGUGGACGGGGUCUUGCUGAGCUCACGGAGCAGGGAUCUAGGCUUCCUGGUCCUCCUUUCGCAUGCAGAAAGGGCCUAACUCAGAGGUGGGUCCCUUGUUCCCUCUGGUAGCACCUGCAUGAUGAAGGCCGUGUUUCUCCUCCUCUUCCUCCCCAUCCUGGGGCUGCUGGUGUCCAGUCAGUCACUGUGUCCGGUUGAUGAAGCCAUCAAUCAGAAGAUCCAGCAUCAAGCCAAGUCUCUAAUUUUAGGGUCUCUGAACGCUGUGCCACUAGACUGCAGAAGCGUCUCCUCCAGGGGGUCCCUGGCCACAUGUCCCGCAGGCUUCGCGGUCACUGGCUGCGCGUGUGGCUCGGCUUGCGGCUCAUGGGACGUGCGCGCUGAGACCACGUGCCACUGCCAGUGCGCGGGCAUGGACUGGACCGCGGCGCGCUGCUGUCGUCUGCACGUGGCCUCCUGAGCUGUGGGUGCCAUAGCAUGACUUUGCGGGGCUGAGGAAGUGGGGCGAGCAUGAGAGGGGAGCUGGAAAUAAACCAGGAGAUGUGA